UACAUAUUGAGCAAUUCAUAUGAUUUAUCAUUUAAUAUAACUGUCUAAAUUCAAAUGUAUUAUUUUGUUACUUAUUUAGAAACCAGUUAAAACAUUCUUAUUCCAAUUUAGUUUUAUGUCAGAAGGGAUUUUUGUGUGGAUAUUAUAGUAAUUUCAAUAGUUGAGAUCAUGAGUCAAUUGAAGCUAGACCAUUAUGGAAAACUUGGAAGCACUGGACGGUUGUUUCGUCCUAUUGUGGGAUUCCUCAGCAGUGGGCAUGCACGAUCUCGGCUCGUGUCAAUUUAUUUAUACAUAAUUAAUUUUGAUUCAUAAUUAGUUGACUCCAUUUUUUGUUUGUUUGUUUGUUAUAUCUUCUGUUUUAUAUUUACAGAAGUUAAAAAUUCCACGUUUGGUUUUCGAUUUAUUUAUUAUCCAAACAAUCCAUUGGCGUGUUUCCCUAAUGAAACAAUUCGUUAUUUACUUUUCCUUCAGUUGAGAAGGGAUUUUUAUGUUGGUCGUUUAAGAGCACAAGCAAUGAAGAUUUAUGAAUUAGCAGCAUAUGCUAUACAAGCUGAACAUGGUCUCAAGGAGAUUCCUCAAGGUUUUGACGUGGAUACUAUUCCUGGUGGUAUGCGUGUCCUUCCUCAACUAACAAAACCUAUUGUACGGCGAAUCAAAAAUCAACUUGAACAAAUCAUGAUCAACGCCAAAAUGGUUUAUGUAUUGGAUUUAAUUAUAAAGGUAUUUCUAUAUUCAAGGAUGGUUGCAGUAUCAAUGUGUUUGAAUGGGCAUUUAUCAAAAACAUUUAUCCAGAAAAAAAGAAUUUGGUUUUAGUCGUUAGUGGAAAACCGGUAAAUUCUUUUGUUGAUUCAUCAUUUAUGUUGAGUUAACUUGUAUUUGAAAACAAAGUUUAAUUUACAUUGUACAAUUGAAAGCAUCUAAAUAAUAUAAUGCGCUUUCAUUUUAUCUGUAUUUAUUCUGUUUUGCGUCAAGGUUUUCACUAAGUUUUCAUGUAUUGUGCAUUGUCAUGAUCUCUUCGUGACAUUUCCUUAUAAAGAAAAAUAAAUCAUAUUUAUUGUUGUUUCAUUAGUUCAGUAUUAAACUGGUUUCAUCAUAAAACUAAUAUUCUUACGAUUUGACUAGUAAAUCUGGAAGAUUAUCGAUUCUUAUGCACUUCAUUCCUUUGCUUGUACUAACUUACUCUCGGAAGGGAAUAAGUGUUAUUCUCACAAUGCUGUAAAAUAUAGCGAUUCGUUUUAGUGACAUCAAUGAAGCAUAGUUUUAUUAGACAAAGAGGAAAAGCUCGGAUUUAUUAUCUGGGUUGUGCCGCAGGAUGUCAACCUUCUGAUGGGGACCACAGCAAAUGUCGUAUUUCGUGGUAAUAGACGCUGAGUUGUACGACCCAAAAUGAAUUACAAUAGCUUCAUUACAUAAAUUCUUUAUGUUCCUUUAAAUCUCUGGUUGAUUUUUAUUCAUAAUUUUGACCAUGAGUGACUGAUUUAUCAUUAGUGCAAAUAGCUUCCCAAAACAGUAGUAAACCUAGCUUUCCUUAAAAAUUUGCUUUCAUAUUUCUUUUCAGUCAGAGGAUGACAGAGAUCUUGUUCUCGGGUUCAAAUGUAAAUCGCCUUCAGAAGCCAAAACUUUAUGCUUACGAGCACUCAACUGUAAAACAUUCAAAGAGUAGGUCAUUUUUUCAACCAAUAGUAACUGAAAAUUACAUGUUUUAACUUUUUGUAUUGUUGCAUAUUUAUUACAUAUUUUAUAAUGUUUUAAAGUUUUUUCUUUUGAUUUCAUCAGUCAGGUAUUAUUUUCAGAGGUCUCUGGUUCAACAUGGUUUACUAUUCUAUAUCGAGUAUACGUUCAUUAAUUUGUAUUUAAUAUGGUACAGCCUCACAUACCGGUUCAUACUAAGUCUUAAGUCAUUAGUACACCCUAGGAGGCACAUUUAGUGAAAACGUUAGUCAUUCAACUUAAUGAAUAAAAAUGUAGUUAAUAAACAACACAGCUUUCUAGAGUAUAAAUAUCAGUAGUUAACAAAAGUGAAUUUGAGACUGUCUUUCAAAGUUAGACUACCGGAUAGAAUUUAUAAACACUGAUACACCAAAAACCAGUGUUCUUGUUGACAGUAGUUUGAACCAGGACAUGGAAUUCAAGGAAAAAGUUUAUUGUUACAAUUUCACUAGAGCAACCGACGAAUAAAUUUGCACUUCUCAAACUACUUGCUAUUUGUGAGUAGCAUGUAACAAACGUCAUAAGAAACAGUGUGCAUGAACGUUAAUAAAGGCAAAAAUGAUUUAACUGAACUGCAGGUCUUAAUAUACACUCUUCUCAGGUGUAAAAAUUGGUAGCUAUUAUUCUGUUUGUCACUAUUAUGAGUCUGCAUAGCUAGUUAUUUCCUUCACAUUAAGGUAUGUUUAUUCGUGACAUUUUCGACUAUUAGUUAGCUAUUCAAAAGACUGAAUCCUGUUCACUGAUGGGAAUCAUCUCGAAAAUACCGACUAUUGAUAGCGUUUUUUGUAAUGGCACUGAAGACAAGUUUUCCAUGUUCUAUUUUUACCUGAUCACACUAAAACGCCUUUAUUAUAAGCACUAAACUAGUAAAAAAUAUAGAAUGAAACAAAAAUAUGAUAGUCUGAUGACUGAUAUAGAAAUUUUGGUGAAGUUAUGUUCUCUGAGCUGGAUGGUUUGGUCACGGAGCUUUCAUUGUUCUUCUGAACAACUUCGGGUAGAAGUAAAGUAUUUGAGUUUCUCUGCAUAUGACUAACAGAUUUUCCUGUUGACCUUGAUCUUGGUUGGUUAUUGUUGGCCUUUAUCCUGUCAUUUUCUACCUCUUUAUUUUGAUUAUAUCUCCCUUUGACUUGAUUCUUGCACCUAUAUUUGUCCACAAUCUUUCUGAUUGGUUGAUAUCUUGACGUGCUUGUUGAUUGCUAAUUGACCUGAAAACCAAGUUCUAGAAACUCCCUGGUGUUCUUAAUAUUCUUUCUAUUCUGGAUGUCAACAUUUUCCCAGUUGAUUAUGCAUUCAUAGCUGUCCUUGCGCAUUGAUAUAAAUGAACAUGUGUUAUGGCGUUUGGUCGCUAAUUGAUGUUCGUGCAGGCAAAGAUGAAGAGGGCAUCCACUUUGUGUUAUGUAGUGUUUUUUGCAACUGGAAAAGUUUGUUUUGCAGAUGAUGUUUUGUUUUGCUUCUUUGUCACUUCGUCCUUUGGUUUGCAUAGGACUGAUUGAAGUGAUUUUACUUGUUUAUGUGCUACACCUAUUCCGAAUAGCUUCAAGAAUUUCAUGAUUUUUGAUAUAUCUUUUAUAUAUGGUAGGAUGAUCAGUUUACUGGUCCGCAUACUUAAUUUUGUUUCAGCUGAUGAGUUGGGUUAAUAUUUUUUGAUGAAUUUGUUUGGGUAUCCAUUCUUUUGAAAGAUGGUUAUUAAAUAUUUUCCUUCAUUUUUCUGCUCUGCAAGUGUGCUACAAUGUACCUUCCUCCUCUUGAAUAAAGUUUUUAGGCAGUUGAUUUUUUGAGUUCUUGGGUUGUUGCUACUAUCGUUGAGAAUCCGAUACACUGCUUUUGCAGUAAGUCCUGUCAUUGCUGAUCACAUUGAUGUCCUUUUCGUUUGUUCGUAAAUUUUAUUGUUAAGUUGAAGAUAUGUUGUUAUUCAUAAAUCGAUGAAUUGUAGCAGACUUUAAAGCUCCGUGAAAUCUGGGAGAUUUCUGUGGUUAGUGAGGUACAUGGUUAGAGUUCCUUUGCUAAGCUUGGUUUGAUUAAAGUGAAUAAAGCAGUUAUGUCCAAGGAUAUCAUCAGUUCGUCGUUGUUGACUUGAUUCUACUCAACCUUAUCCAAGAAUUGUGUGGGAGAUUUAAUAGAAAGGUCGGAUCAAUCCAUUAAAUGGUUCAGUAUUCUUGAAACUUCUCUUGAUAGAUUGUAUGUUGAGGUUCCAGAGAGUGAUAAAAUUGGACGUAAUGGGAUGUUUGGUUAGUGUAGUUUCGGCCUACCGUAGAAUCGAGGGAGCGCUAGUUCAUUAGAUUUCAUUUUUUAUUGUUCUGCUGUGACUAGUUUGUUCAAAGUUUUUGAGAUUUGUUUGUUUUUCACAUAAAAAAUAAAUUAGCAGCAUGAGAGAACGCAUAUUUAUUUCAACACCAGACUACAAAGGUUUAUUUCUUGUUAUUAUUAAUUGUAUGAUAUACUACACUGUCACUGUUGUUUUUCCAAAAGACCCUUUGGUUGAUUUAGUGUUUUACAUAUAUGUAU